ACCUGCGCGAGUGUAAUGUGGGCAUGUUGUGUGUAUGUUUCAGCAAGGAGCACAUCGCCUCCCUUUGCCAGGCAGCUAUAGACCACUGCACUGAGCAGGACAUGUCUAUCAGGCAGCGGGCAGCAGCAUGAAGCCACUAGCGCUUUCUUUGCUUCUCCUCUGGCCAACCCUUGUCUCCCUGAAUGGGGCAGGAGAUGGGACCUGGGCCAGGUUUGCCAGCCUACCUUACCCGGAGGACAACCUGUUCCUACAUGCCACCUUCCCUGAGGGCUUCAUGUGGUCUGUGGGCACAUCAGCUUACCAGACAGAAGGGGCCUGGCAGCAGGAUGGAAAGGGAGUGUCCGUCUGGGACACCUUUACCCACAAGCAGCUCAGUGCCAACGGGGAUGUGGCCAGUGACAGUUACAAUAAUAUAGAGAGGGACAUUUCCGCCAUCCAAACUUUGGGUGUCACACAUUACCGUUUCUCCAUCGCCUGGAGCAGGAUCUUCCCAGACGGUUUACUCUCAAGCCGCAAUGAAGUUGGGCUCAGGUUUUACUCACACUUCAUUCAGAGACUCCGAGAUAUAGGUGUUGAGCCCAUAGUGACUUUGCACCAUUGGGAUCUGCCCCAGGAUCUCCAGGACCGGGAUGGAGGUUGGAUCAAUGAAACAUUGGUGGACCGCUUCAGCGAAUACGCCCGGUUUUGUUUCGAGGCUUUCGGGCACCGGGUGAGGUACUGGAUCACUAUCGACAACCCCUACGCCCUGGCUUGGCACGGGUAUGGCACGGGAAAGCUUGCUCCUGGUAUCAACGGAGCCCCACAUGCACCCUACACAGUGGCACAUAAUCUGAUUAAGGCACACUCCAAGACUUGGCAUAUCUACAAUGAACAUUUCCGCCAAUCUCAGCAAGGUCAUGUGUCAAUUGCUUUGGCUUCUCAUUGGGUUGCACCAAAAAACGGGGACAUAACCUCUGAAGCUGUGCAGCUUUGCCAGUGCUCAAUCGAUUCUGUAUUGGGUUGGUUUGCGAAACCAAUAUUCAUAGACGGUGAUUAUCCAGAGUGUAUGAAGGAUAACCUCAAAUCACUACUGCCAGCUUUUAACGAUGGAGAAAAAUUGGAAAUAAAGAAAACAGCUGAUUUUUUCGCACUUUCAUUUGGACCAUUGAGUUUUCGACUUUUGGAUUCAAAUCUAUUAUUUAACCAAUCAAAAAAAUACUUUCUGAGGCAGCUUCUCUAUUGGAUUCACACAGAAUACAACAACUCAAAAAUAUUCAUUGUAGAAAAUGGCUGGGAUGACAGCAGUGGCAGCACAAAGACUGAGGAUGUUUAUAACAUGUAUCCUUUAAAGACCUUUCUCAUGGAUGUAUUGAAAGCAAUUAAAUAUGAUGGAGUUGAUGUCAUUGGAUACACAGCAUGGUCACUACUUGAUGGUUUUGAAUGGGACGCUGGUUAUAGUACCCGACGGGGGUUGUUUUACGUUGACUUUAAAAGCAAAGAGAAGAACAGAAUUCCAAAAUCAUCUGCUUAUUUCUAUCAGCAAGUGAUAGAAGACAAGGGAUUCCCACCUAUACCAGAAAACAAACCUAUUACAGGAACCUUCCCCAACAGUUUUGUAUGGGGCAUCUCUGAAGAUGUCAUACAGGUAGAAUCUUCUCCUACAACUCCCCAAUUUGUUGAUCGCAAUAUCUACAAAUGGGAUAUCAAUGGCACGGGAAAGUUGCUGAAAGUCAAAGGAGUAAUGGGCCAGCUGCGUAAGGCUCAAUGCACCGAUUACAGCACUAUCAGACAAGAAAUUUACCUCUUGCAGAAUACACAUGCCACUCAUUUCCAAUUCUCCCUCAACUGGUCACUAAUCCUACCAACUGGCAACAUAACACAGGUGACCAGAGCAAAUCUGCGCUAUUAUAAAUGCUAUGUCAGUGAGCUUCUACGUGUGAAUGUUACGCCGGUUGUUGUACUGUAUCAUCCUACUCUUGAAGAUCAGCGAUUGCCGUCACUGUUAGAAAACAAUGGGGGCUGGAUGAAUCCAGCCACAAUUCAGGCUUUCACGGAAUAUGCCAGGUUAUGUUUCAGACAGCUGGGAAACAAAGUGAAGUUCUGGAUAACAAUGAGUGAGCCAAAUGGCAUAAAGCACUUAGUAGCACAUAAAGCAAACUUUACGGUUUUAGGCCACAAUUUAAUUAAAGCACAUGCUUUAGUCUGGCAUCUCUAUAAUAACGAAUUUCGCAAGACUCAAAAUGGACAAAUUUCAGUUUCUCUUCAUGCUGACUGGGUCGACCCAGCUGACCCUUUCUCGAGGAAUGAUAUAGAAGCAGCUGCUAGAAGUUUAGAGUUUGAUAUUGGUUGGUUUGCAGAACCUAUUUUUGGCAGUGGAGACUACCCUUUCAUCAUGCGAGACUGGCAGAGCCAAAGGCAAAACAUUGGAUGGCACAAUUCUUACUUGCCCUACUUCACCAAUAAAGAAAAAGAGCUGAUACGUGGCUCUGGUGAUUUUGUGGCAUUGAACCACUACACCACUCAUAUUGUACAUCUAGAAAGUCAGUCUGGAGCCCAGACUGGUUAUGAGUUCAAAAUGCAACACCUGAAAGACACUACCUGGCUGGAAUCACCAGACGGAAAAGCAGUUGUGCCCGGGGGUUUACGCAAACUCCUCAGGUGGAUUAAAUCAAAAUAUGGCAACAUCCCUAUUUAUAUCACAUCGAAUGGCAUUGAUGAUGAUUCACCCUCCAAAGAUAAGUUGCGUGUUUACUACAUUCAGAGUUACAUUAAUGAAGUUUUGAAAGCCUUAAAACUAGAUGGAGUAAACAUUCAUGGGUAUUUUGCUUGGGCCCUAAGAGAUAUCGAUGAACCAAACUAUGGCUUCUUCACUUCUAAUCGAGCAGCUAAGCUCUCUGUUGAACAUUACAGGAGAAUUGUAGAUAAUGGCGGAUUUCCUACAUCAAAUACCACCAGUACAAAAUGUUAUCAAGACUUACAUUCUUCUGCAAAGUGCAAUCCUUUGUUCUUCAGAAAACAGUUGCUGAUUUUUGCAUUAUGUACUUUAAGUGUUUUCACUGCAAUUAUGUUUUUAAUUAUUUAUUAUUCUACAAAAAGGUGCAGAAAAUAUAAUUAAAGCAUUCUAUUGAAAGAGAUAUUAACUUGUUUGGAGGAAGGUACUCAUUUAUAGUUUGACCAGAGUGAUACUUAAAGAAAAAUUCUUUCUGAUCAACAAUCUGACAUUGGUUUUUCAUUCUAAUUUUCAUUUUCUGUCUAAAAGGUUUUCGCCAAUUCUGUCCUAAUGGUAGUAACUUAAAUUUGCAGUAAUUCACUAUUUAAUGUGGCUAAGUCUGGAUAGCGAUUGCAUAAUUGACUGUUGAGUAAUAUCAUAGUCGAGCCAUUCUCGUCCCCACCCUACAGCCAUAUACGCAGGGGAUCAUUUUAAGUUUGUGUGCUGAGUGGUAGCAAAUUGGCAACAAAUUUUGUUUUGUUGAUGUCAGUAAAAAUUGGGAAGACAGGGAAAGACAUAAUACAUGGUCUGCUAAUUUGUUGUUGCCUGUUUCAAACCGUUACACAAAGCUAAAAUGUAUCUGAACCCUCUUCAGCAUUACAUAGCAGUCAAGGAGCAUGAUGUCAUCUCCUUCAUAUAAGGCUAACUGUAGCUUCCAAAUGAUCAACCUGCUUGAAAUCAGCUAACUCAGGACAUACUAGAGAUCAAAUGUAGAUAUCUCUUAAUCUGUAGCAGGCAAUGAGUAUAAGCAUUGACAGACCAUGCCUCCUGCUGAUGUAAAUUUGAAGAAUGUAGUAUAAUGAAUGUAGUAUAAUUCACUUUGAGCAGAGCAGGAGUGUCAUUGCCAAAAAGUGACAGUUAGAUCUUUAAUGCAAUCUUUCAUCUGUAAUGCUCCAGAUGGAUGAAUAUUGUAAAUUUAUGUUUACCCUAAUUCAUUACUCCAAUUUUUGUUUUAGUAUCCAUUCAUUUCAACGUAAAAGAUAUAGUGUACCUGCAAAUCUAUAUUUCCAGUAUGCACAUGAAACACCAGGCUCUCAAGGGGAGCUGAUAGCCUAGUGGUAUGAGAUAACAAGUUGUAGAGCUGGAUGAACAAAGCAAGCCAAGCAGCAUCAGAGGAGCAUGCUUGGCCUGCUGUGUUCAUCCAGCUCUACGCCUUGUUAUCUCAGAUUCUCCAACAUCUGCAGUCCUAUCUCUGAAACAAGCCUAGUGGUAUUAUUGCUGGAAUAUUCAUCCAGUGAUUCAGGUAGUGUUCUGGGGAUCUGGUUCAAAUUCCAUCAUAGUAGUCGGUGGAAUUUGAAUUCAAUAAAACUCUAAACUAUAGAGUCUAAUGUCAACCAUAAAACCAUUAUUGAUCAUCAGGGAAAAGUCCAUCUUGUUCACUAAUAUCUUUUGUUAGGAAGGACAUUUACCAUUUUUACCCACUCUGGCCUAUGUGUGUCUCCAGACCUACAGCUUGAAGGUUGACUCUUAACUGCCCUCUGGGCUAUUAUGGAUGGACAAUAAAUGCUGACCUAGCCAGAGACCCUCAUCCUGUGAAUGAUAAAAAUAAGUCAGGAUGACUAAAGACUUUAUAUUGUUUCUCAAAACAAAGAAAUUUGGGGAGGCCCACUGUGGCAAAGUGCUGUGGAGCAGAUCUCUUAACUGCCUACUAUCGGUCAGAGCCCAAAAUGAGAUAGAAGAGACUUCAUCGUACACAGGGUAUGCUUCCAGCACCUGUAAGGGAGCAACAGCAACAUUUUCCUCUGGUCUUUGGCCAUGAGGUCUUGGGACAGAAUACACAAAAUGAAUGUUACCACUGCUGGGAGAGAUCGGGAACCAGGGGACAUAUAUUUAAGGUAAAGGGCAACAAAAUAUACAUUUGAUGGAAACACACUGGGUGACUUUUAGAGGGAUCUGAGUAAUGCGGUUAUGGUGAGACGUGGAGCAGAAUCAGAUGAUAAGUGCAGUGAGGCCUUUCUCUCUGUCAAGAUCACCUCUCUUUAUCUUUUCUACUUUUCACAAGUGGUAGUGGAGAGAUGCCAAUUGACACAUUAUUGAUUGUUAAAUGCCUUAUUAGCACCACAAUUUGCCUUAUUAAUAUUCAGACUCCCAUCUUACCAUAUUUACCAAACAAGCUAAAUUUCAGGAAACCUUGACAAAGAAACCAGAGUGUGUUCCUGGCAAAUUCAGCUCAUUGCUUGCUCUGAACCAUCUCCACAUUACCUGCAACCAAACAAAAGCUCAGGGCAUAGUACUAACUCAUUGGCAGUAGCUUCAUUCAGUCAUCCUGCAUGGAUAUUGGCAUCUGACAUGUCAGCCCACUAUGCCCAUCCUAACACUUCAAAUCUGGAAGCACAGAAUUGCUGGGCACACCGGUAAUAUGUAUUGAAAAGCUGCAGAGGGGUCACUUUUUACACAGGGACAGAUACCCGGCUCUCUCACUUAGUGCCUCCCUGCAUGCUUGCAGCAUCUAGGUCUUGCCUUACCAAUUAGCACAGCCACACAAUCAGGCAGCUUGCCUUGCUACCAAUCAUUCAUCAGAUAUUGCUGUAUGGCAGGAUGCUACAUCAAUUUCACACUUAAGCCAGUAACGUAUGUGCCAAACAUGCUGCAAGCAAGCAACCAUUUAUCCAACACCUUCAAAUCCUUGGAGGAGUCUGUCGGUUAAGGGGUCCCAAUUUAGCAAGUUAAGGGCAGCCUCACAUACUUGUCCAACGUGUUGACCAGGCUUAUGCUUCUGGUUGGAGAAUUCUUGAUCGGGAGUCCAUGCCUCUGCUGUCCAGGAUGUAAGCCACAGCCAGUCCAUUGACUCUGUAGAAGCAAGUUUUAGGUGGGGGUGUGGUGUGUGGGGCUAAUGCAGUUGGAAGAUGUCUUGGCACCAGUCAGGGGUCUCGGCACAUUUCACCCAUAUCUGUCGACUCAUGUUGGUUGAGGGCUUUGGGCAUGGUCAAGCCAUCAUUCCAUCCUCAAAAACUGAAGGGUCAGUUGUGGCAGGUGGGGGGUGAAAUUGCCACCACAGAUAUGGUACUGAGCCUUGGCACAUUAAUCAUUGGGAUUGGGAUCUACAGGCUCUUGGCAAGGGUGCAGCAUAGUUGUGAAUGGUGUGCAGGAGGAUUUCAAAGGGAAUGAUACUGUAAAACAUGGCUGGGGAGGAUGCAAUGAGGGAGGGAGUCACCAGUGGUUAGUAGCACCCUGGCUUUAUAACGAUGUAUGUGGGAGAAACUGAAAUUAACACAGAAGGCAUGGUCACUUUAAAUGUUAGAGUUUGGGUGGGAAGGUUAGGCAGGUGUUUAGACAAGCUUGGUGGAGGCUUAGGGAAGUGUGAAUCCUGUGGGGUUAACAGGAUGGGCCACUACAAAGGGGAUGUUGAUAAUUGGAGGCUCACAGAUACUUGCAGGCUGGGCGCUGGGAACCACUGGCAGAGGAACUUGAAAGUGUGCAAUGGGAAGAAAACGGUUGUGAAAACAAUCAGAGUGGCUGCGUUAAGUGUCUCAACCUGUGAGGGAGACGGCUGCUGAACAUACUAUUCAAAAAGCUUUUAAAAGUCACUGGCCCCUGAAACAUGUAUCACAUGGGCCUGUAGGCUACAUACUGCCUGCCCAUUCUACAGCAUCGAUCCCUUUGCAAGUGGCAUCUUAUUGCCACAGCUACUGCCAGUAGCUACGCACUGCACAUAACAGGAUCCCAAUGUUAGACAUCAUUAGGGGAGACACAUUGGCCCAGUGGCUAGCACUGCUGCCUCACAGCGCCAGGGACCUAGGUUCGAUUCCAGCCUCGGGUGACAGUCUGUUUGGAGUUUACACAUUCACCUGUGUCAGUGCAGGUUUCCCCUGGUGCUCUGGUUUCCUCCCACAGUCCAAAGAUGUGUAGGUUUGGUGGAUUGGCCAUGGGAAAUGCAGAGUUACAAGGCUAGGGCAGGGGGUGUGAUUCUGGGUGGGUUGCUUUUUAGAGGGUCAGUGUGGGCUUUUUGGGCCAAAUGGUCCACACUGUAUGGAUUCUAUGGGAGGGUAGAAGGUGCCAGCAGCACAUAAAACAACAUGUAUGCAUUGUAUGUAGCUGUAUGUGGUAGAUGCUCAGCAUAAACUUUUCUCCGUGAGGCCUAGUGUGACCAUGAACUGCUGCUGUAUAGUGUGAUAAUAUUUACCUCCUGGAGCUAAAGACUCAUAAGCAAAUACAUGAAAGUUAAAGUCAACAUUUAUGUACAAAGUUCAAAUAGUAAGUGCCAUCAAAGUGCCUCAGUAAAUUAUCUUCUUUCCCUCCCUUUCACUAUGUCACAGCUGGGUUGAAGUGAGCCUGCUCUGAUGUAGACACCACUGGCCUGGAGGUUUAACAGAGUGAUCUGGGGGUGUUUAUGUCUGAAUAGGCCAAGCUUAAUGAGGGUCUUCUUAUCAGAAGCAAGCUGCUGCUCCUCAGCUUGAACUUACAAGGAUCAGUGUAGGUCAGGCAGGAUGGAGAUGGAGGGCAUGGCUAUGUUGACAGUGCCCUGAUUGGAAAUUACCAGAGAUGACAAACCUAUACAGGGCACUCCUCCACUGGUGCGGGCUCCCUAUGCUCUGUUAUAGGCUGCCUUCUCCUGAAACAAGAAAAGUAAGGGAGAAUGGGGAAGUGUGUAAGAUCUUAGUAGCUGGCACAGCUGUUGGUAUUGAUGCAUGUGUUAGAAGGCGGUAGGUGUUCUGAAGGGCUAAGGAGGCAGCAUGGUGGGCAUGCUAGGUUAGUGCUGUGGACCACUGAGGAUGGUGAACGUGUGAUGGAAGUUGUUUCAAGCAAUAGUGCAAGUGGGACAGCUUGUACAGUGGUAUAGUUGAGUGCAAUACCAGAGACAGCAUGCGAGAGGUGACAGUAUGGAACUUAUCCUGGCAGAGGAGGAAGACCUUUUUACUGCAUUGCUGGCAGUUCCUUGGAGAUGACAUUGACUUGGGUGGCAACCUCAGAUAACGUUUAGCAGGAUCUGGCAGCUCAGCAUCAUGCACUAGUCCUCCAGGAAUUGUACAGUCCUCCUUUGUACCACCCCGUCCACCAAGACCUUAGAGCCCCUGUUGUUACGGGAACAGCGAUGGUAACAUGAGACAGAAAUCAGACUUGAGAAUGCCACAGGGAUGUUGUAGGCAAUGAGAUGAGCUUGGUAAGAUACGGUGAGAAAACCUACCAGUGACUAACUUUCCAAGAAUUCAACACGACUCAGAUUUACCAAAAAAAAACAAGAUUCAGCCCUUGAUCUAAUAGCUUGAUAUAGAUCAAGAAAGUUCAGACAUAAGCAGCUCUUAGAAAAGGCCGGCUGUCAGUGAAGUUUAACAAUUUUAACACAAGUGUAUAAUUUAAAUAGAAAUAAAAGUGCUGAAAAUAUAUUUUUAAGAUGUGCUUUUUUGUGUUAACAGUUUGCUUAUUGUUGUUUGUAAUGAUGCUAUUUGUAAAUAAAACAAUUUCCCUUUGUAAA